AGCCACCACACCGCAACGCACAGCGCAGCAUGUCCGGCCCCUCACCUGCGCCACGCACACGGCGGAGACAGCGUCUGCUGCUUGUGUCUGGCUUCUUCUCGGCACUUAUCGCGCUGGCGCUGGCCGCGAUCGCAGCGCCCCUCGUUGCGCCCUCGCUCUACGUCAGUGCCGAGCAGAGCGAGCAGCUGGAGCGCUUCUUUGCGCGCGGCCAGGCGGGCACGCUGGCGGCGGCCGAUGGCGGGCAUACCAACAACUGGGCCGUGCUCGUGUCGGCGAGCAAGUUCUGGUUCAACUACCGCCACAUGGCCAACACGCUGGGCAUGUACCGCACCAUCAAGCGCCUCGGCAUCCCCGACAGCCACAUCAUCCUCAUGCUGGCCGACGACGCCGCAUGCAAUGCGCGCAACCGCAGCCCCGGCUACGUGUGGGCCGAGCCGGGCCGUGUGCUGGACCUGUACGGCCAGAACGUGGAGGUGGAUUAUCGCGGCUACGAGGUGACGGUCGAGGCUGUGCUUCGCGUGCUCACGGGACGAGUGCCCGCCAACACGCCGCGCUCGAAGCGGCUCGAGUCGGACGCACGCUCCAAUGUGUUCCUGUACAUGACGGGCCACGGCGGCGACGAGUUCCUCAAGUUCCAGGACUACGAGGAGAUCUCGGCAUUUGACCUGGCCGACGCCAUCGAGCAGAUGUGGGAGAAGAAGCGCUACCACGAGCUCUUCUUCAUGAUCGACACCUGCCAGGCCAAUACGAUGUACAGCAAGAUCUACUCGCCAAACGUGCUCGCCACGGGCAGCAGCCACAAGGAUCAGAACUCGUACUCGCACGGCACAGACGACGAUCUGGGCAUCGCCAUGUCCGACCGCUUCACCCUCGAGAUCCUCGACUUCAUGGAGGACGUCAACAAGACGUCCGAGCGGACGAUGCAGGAUCUCUUCAACAGCUACGACCCGGCACGCAUUCACUCGGACCCGGGCGUGCGCACCGAUCUCUUCCGUCGUCCGCUCGACAGCGUGCGCAUCACCGACUUCCUCGGCGGCGUUUCGCAGGUCGAGCUCACCACGACGCUCGACGAGGAGCCAUUUUAGCAUAGAAGGGCAAUGCAUUGCAGACCCGCACACGCAUCAGCGCCGCUUGCUUGCGUUGCCAGCGUCAUCGGGCGCCGCACGCUUGCCGAAGCUCAGCUUGAACUUCUCGCCGCCCAGCAUGCCUGGCGUGCUGGCGCCCGACCCAGGCGCGCUCGUGGCGACGGGCACGGCGCGUGCGGGCGCAAAGGCCGGCUUCAUCGUCGGCUUCGGCGGCGCGGGAGCGGGUGAUGGCGGCGGCGGUGCCUCGCCGCCGGGCGGCGGAGGCGGCGGUGGCGAUGCGGGCGGCGGCGGGCUGGCGGCGUACGGCGAGUCGGUGCCCUGCGGCAGA